GGGGGGAGGAGGACUGAGGCAUCUCUUCGCAAACUCGCGGAAGAGAAGAAGAAGUCAUCGCCGUCGGCACACAGCGGACACACUCGCCGACUGCGUGCAUAUCGAUUUGAUACUUUCUCACGGUCGAUCGCGCGAGAAGGACAGCUCGUGCGCCAGAGCCAGCUUAUGUGCCGAGCACAUUAUUAUUAUUAUUAUCGUCAUCGUCGUAUAGUGCGGAGUGUGUUUAGUAUAUAGCUGUGUACGGCAGCUCGCUCAGUGCGGGAGGGAUCGGGCGAGAGAGCCGCGAAGGAAAAUUGCGUGCGUGCGCCAAGUGAGAGAGAGAGAGAGAGAGGAGGCGCGAGCUGCAGGAGCUGUACCUAUAGUAGUAGCCCCUACUCGCGAGGAAGAGAGAAGAGAAGAGAGUUCAGUCUCGCGCUCUCGCGAUUGUGUGUCCGUGUGUGUGUGUGUGUGUGCGGUCGUACAGCUACAUUGCUCGCGACUCUUCGCCACAGCAGCAGCAGCAGCAGCAGCACACGGCUUGGUCUUGGUCUCUCUCAGCGCGCUGCUAUACCUACACUCUACUACACUGUGGCCGAGGCGCGCGCUCUCGCUGCUACUGGCUGCGUGUGCUGCUAUACGCGAAGUGGAAAAGGUGCUGUAAUGGCUGCCGUAUCAUGAAAUGAAGGUACCCAUCCACCAGUUUUACAGCACGCGCACGAUGGAGGAGAACUCCGGCUCGAUCUCGUCGUCCUCGUCCGUCGGCUCGGCGCAGAACCAUAACGGCGGCGGCCAGCCCUUCGGCGGCGUCAACGUCUCCGCCGCGAACAAUAAGCAUCAGUCUGGCGGCGGCGAGAACGACGGCAGCGGCGCCGGACCCCAAGGCCAGGGUGGCCCUGCCAGCAAGGAGCAGAACCCCCAGUACACGAUGCCCGGGGUGCUGCACUUUCUCCAGCACGAGUGGGCCAGAUUCGAGCUCGAGCGUUCGCAGUGGGAGCUCGACAGGGCCGAGUUUCAGGCGAGAAUAGCCUUUCUUCAGGGCGAGAGGAAGGGACAGGAGAACCUCAAGACCGAUCUUGUGCGACGCAUCAAAAUGUUGGAGUAUGCACUCAAGCAAGAGAGGGCAAAAUACCACAAAUUAAAGUACGGUACGGACUUAGUUAUACAAGGGGAUGGUAAGCCGGCUUACGAUGAAGGUAGUACCUGCACUGGAACCGAGGGCGGUGGCGGAGAUGGCGAGGCGCCGUUCACGUCUGUCAGUAACAUUAGUUGGAGACAAGGUCGUCAGCUCUUAAGACAGUAUUUACAGGAAAUCGGCUACACCGACACAAUAAUCGACGUGCGAUCAAACAGGGUACGGUCCCUCCUCGGUUUAAACAAUAACACAGACUCAGAAGAUACAAAUACUCCAGCCCUCAACGGGAACGAAUCGCGCGUCGAAUCAAAUAAGCGCGCUAAUGAAUAUAAGAAUACAAAAUUUAAGAACACAUCACCCAGGAAGGAAGCGUACAAGCAACAACCGUCAUCAAUUGCCGAGGCUAUGAUUCUGGACACGGAAGCGGCCGUCAUGGCGAAUUUCGAAUUCCUUGCCCAUACGGAUAUUGACAUGGAAGAAGAAGAAAAUGACGGCGAAGAGGAAAUUUAUGACUCAAAGACAGACGCAAAACAGAAUAAACAGGCGUCUAUAUUGUUAAGCGAAGAUGUUGAUGCGGAAGCGGAAGAGGUUUUAAAUGAGUUAAAUCUAUUAACGGAAUCAGAAGAAUCUAUUAUUCACGUGGACAUGGAUACGAAUGAUUGGAACGCAGUGCGUAGAGGAAUGCAACCAGAUCCAAGACGUCCUUGCGAAGAAGGUGGAUCGUCAUUGGGCUUGGGGGAACUAGCACAAUUGACCGUAAACAAUGACGCUGAAGCGGCGUAUGAUAUGGCAGCAAAUAACGAAGAGCCAUUUAGAAAAUCUUGGAAUGCUAAGUACACACUGCGUUCACAUUUUGAUGGUGUCAGAGCUCUUGUCUUUCAUCCGACCGAUCCUGUUCUUAUAACUGCGAGCGAUGAUCAUACACUCAAAUUGUGGAAUCUUCAUAAGACUGUUCCUGCAAAAAAAUCAGCAUCGUUGGAUGUAGAACCUCUGUACACAUUUAGGUCGCAUACAGGACCAGUUUUGUGUUUAGCAAUGGAUAGCAAUGGCAGUCACUGUUUUAGCGGUGGACUAGACGGAAAAAUACACUGUUGGGCGCUUCCGUCGGCCAACAUAGAUCCUUACGAUUCGUAUGAUCCUAGUCUGCUUAAUCAAACGCUCACCGGUCACACAGAUGCAGUUUGGGGUUUAAGCAUGUGUCAUCCUCGUUCACAAUUGCUGUCCGUUAGUGCAGAUGGAACUGUCAAGCUCUGGAGCCCCGCGAGUAAAACGCGGCUUCUUAACACUUACACAUCCGAGCAAGACAGAAAUCCCACAUCAGUAGAUUUUAUACGAGACGAACCGCAUAAGCUGGUUGUCGCUUACGAAGAGGCAUGUGUAAUUUUUGACGCUGAGACCGGCUCAAUUGUAUCUAGAUUGGAAGGCGAUGAAACGCAAGGCGUUAAUCGGCUUGUAGCUCAUCCUAUACUGCCGUUGGUUGUAGCAGCCAAUGAGGACCGUCAUAUUCGUUUUUAUGAUCACCGUUCGGCUACCCUCGCACAUGCAAUGGUGGCGCAUUUGGACGCUGUUACUAGUCUUGCUGUAGAUCCUAAUGGUCUUUAUCUACUUUCUGGAAGUCAUGAUUGCAGUAUAAGGUUGUGGAAUAUGGACAACAAGACUUGUGUCCAGGAAAUAACAGCACAUCGUAAAAAGUUUGAUGAAAGUAUUUUAGACGUAGCAUUUCAUCCUUCGCGGCCAUUUAUCGCAAGUGCAGGCGCCGAUGCUCUCGCCAAAGUAUUCGUGUGAAUACCAAAAUCAGAUCGAAAUUUUCUGGUCUGAGUCAUUUAAUGGUUUUUGUACUCAUAUUUUUUGUAGAUUUACGUGUACGCAUUACACUUCCAAAUCCGUUUUAAAUUAAGAUAUUAUUAUUAAUAGAAGUAACUCUUUAGAAAAUACCUUAUUGAAUGUUCAGACACGCAGUAUAAGGUACGAUUAUUGUAUAAUUUUCAAAAUUAAAACUAUUUCAAGUUAAGUCUUUUUUGUUAAUAAAAAUCAUCACUUGUUGGUAGACAUUUAGUGUGAACGUGAAUUUGCACAUUAUACAUAUGAUCUGCCAUUCCUUGUAUAACAGCCGAAUCAACGACUUCGUGAUUUAGUCUUUUGUUGUCGAUUGAGUUAAUUAUUUAGUCAAGUUAUAUCACAUGCAUAAAAGUCUUAGUUGUGCCUUGAAUUAUUUUAUAAAUAACAGUACAAACUUUGAAUAUGCAAAUUUGCAAUUAGACACUUACAUUAUUUUUUUUUUAUAUUUGUAUUCGAAAUUCGUGUUAUUCACUGGCUGAUCGUAAUUCGUGUUUUUACACGACUGAUUAAAUACCAUAACAAAUAACAACUGAAUUAUUAAAAUUUAAAUGAAAACGAAGAUUUAGUCAUUUCUUUCAGGUGUUUAUUAGAAAGUUUUUUUUCUGUCCAGAAAUCAUAUACAUAUAUAUGUAGAUAUAUAUAUGUAUAUAAUUAUAUAUAAUAUAUAUAAUAGUUACUCCAUAUUAAAAUUAAAACACAUAUUUUAUAGAAGUAUUGAUUUUCAUGAUAAUUAAUAUUUUCUACAGUCUUUAGCAAAUACAAAAAUGUAAUUAAUUUACAGAAAUCGGUUUAAUAUAAUGUACAAUUUAAAAAAUUGACCAUACUUGAUGCAAAAAAUUAUAUUCGAUAACUGCCUCUGAAAAUUGUGAGAUAGUAAAGUAAAAGUCGAAUAAGACAAUAAAUGGAAGGCGUCAAAUUAAUAUAAAAAAA